AUGUCGUACCCGUACCUCGCCCGGACGAUCCUCAAGUACAAGUCGCCGCACGCGACUGACCUGUCCUUCGCGAAGAAUGAGACGAUUCGCGUGACGGGUCCCUCGGACGACGACGAGGACUGGCUUGUGGGCGAGUCAAUGGACGGCGAGCGCAAGGGUGGCUUCCCGAGGGACUUCAUCCAGGUCAUCGAGGAGGAUGAGAGCGAGGCGGCUGUGCCUGUCGCUGCUGCUGUCGCUGCUGGCACGUCUGCGCCUGCAGACACAACCGCACCCGCUGUUCCAGCUGCGGCAUCCGCAGCCCUCCAUCCGCCUGCACCGUCAGCCCCCGCUCUCCCCUCCACCUCUAGCAUUGACGAGUCCUCCGUCGCGGCGUCGCUCUCAGAGACGCCUCCUGCCGCAGCGGCAGUGGUUGCAUCAGAGCCGGAGGCAGCCGCACCGCCUCCCGCAGUUGCGCCCGCGCCACCGGUGGCUGCGCAGCUUCCGCCGUCGCAAGCGGACAAGUCGUUGUCUGCCAUCGACACGGCGCCUGUCGUGUCGGAUCAGCCUCUCUCGCCUAUUAAGGCGACCUCCCCGGUCCGCCCCAAAUCGCCUGUCAAGACAUCCCCAACCACCCACGCCCCUGCUGCGCCCGCCGGUGCAAUCGCAGCGAACCCAGGCGAGGGCCCGCGCCAGUCGAUGAAGGACCGCCUCGCGUUUUUCAAUAAACCGCAAAGUAAGGCUCCCCCCCCUCCCAUUAAACCCAAGCCUGUGGGCGGUGCCUUGACGUGGAGCCAGCGCCAGAAGUUGCGCCUAGAGCAGGAGGCCAAGGAACGGGAUGCCGAGGCUGCAGCGCGCCCCGCGUCAGGCGAACCUUCUCAGCCCGAGAAUCCUGCCGCCCCUGCGGCAGCUGAGCCCGUAUCCGGCCCAACACGGUCACCGCCCGAGCCAGAGCAGACGAAGGAGGAGGGCGAGGGCAUGUCGGCGGCCGACGCAGCCAAGUCGGCCCGGGCUGGCGGCUCUCUCAAGGAGCGUAUGGCAGCGCUGCAGGCCGGCGGCGCCUUUGGGCGCACCCCUGCUCCACCUCCUCCUAAGCCCAGCGGCAAGGUCUGGUCGCGCCCGCCUCCUCCCCCUGCUCCCGAGCCCGUCGAGGGUGAGGAGGACGAUGGUGAGGUUGCUUCAGCUCCGGCGCCGGUGCACCGCGACGCUUCUCCCGGCACUGAGGGUGAGGCUGCAGAGGCAGAGGCGUCCCAGGAGGUCCCAGUCGAAGAAGAGGAGCAGGAUGUCGACGAGGAGGAGCAGGAGAAGCAGCGCCGUGCUGCCAUUGCUGCUCGUAUGGCCAAACUCGGUACCCGCGGUCCGCUGGGUAUGUCGCCUAUGAUGGGUGCCCCACGCCCCAUUCCGGCGCGAAAGCCUACCAGGCAGGCAACAGAGGAGACGCCUGCUGAGGAAGCCGCCCCAACUGCCGCCCCAGUGCCGAUCCCAGGCAUGGCUCACACCGCUCAACCUGUUCGCAAGUCGACAGAGGACGAGAUGGCACAGGAGCAGCCCACAGAGGCCGCAGGAUCACCUCCAGCCGAUGCCGCUACUUCACAGCCGUCGGAAUCGACCUCGACAGCCCCAGUCUCUGUCAAGUUGCCUGCUGUCCCGCGUCGCACUGCUGGUCCACGUCGCCGCGGCACCCCUUCAGUACCGUCGCCGGCACCGCCAGCAACGACUGAGGACACCACAGAGGAUGCCAAGGAGGAGGGGCAAGCGGGGUCUUCCUUCGGCGUGCCCGCGAUGGCCGCUGCUGGAACCCUUGCCGCCGGUGCUACGGCUGCGGCGGCGAUCGCUUCCACUUCCCCUCCCAUUUCUGAGUCACAAUCCGCUGCAGAGCCGCCUUCAGUGCCGGUAGGCGCUUCCGUGCCGAUCCCCGGUGCGCCUCCUGGUACCGAGCACAGGCUUGAGCGCACCCUUCCCGACGGAACAAUCGAGCCUCCGCCUCAAGUCAUGGUUGCUGGCGAGGAGGAAUCGAUGCCACUUUCCCCCGAGCAGCGCGAACUGCGUGCCACCGAGGAGGCCGUGGGUUCUGGCGUUCUGGGCGCCGAGGGCGCGCAGCUUGCUGGUAUCGCUCUGUUGCCCAGGGGCAACGACGAUGACGACGAGAUUCCAUCGUACGCUCCCCCACACACGGCGGAGCGCCUCGAGCGCAAAUCGGAUGACGGCACCAUUGAGCCACCACCCCAGAUCCCACAGUCUGGCGAGGAGGAGGGCACACUAAGCCCUGUCCAUGCCGAGCGUCAUGAGACGCUUGAAAUGUUCGGCCGCAGCCACGGUGGCGUCGAGGGCGCCGAAGCCGCCGGCAUCGCACUGAGUCCAGCACCUAAUGCUGAGAGCGCCGAGUCGCAUGUCCCGCCUCCGCCUCCUCGUCGGCCCACGCAGGAUGAUGAGGACGAGGACGAGGAUGAUGUACCUCCACCUCCACCUGCCCGUCACCCGACCCAGGUCCUCGUUGCGGAGCCUGCUAAGACUGCCACGCCUCCGCCUCCUCACACCACUGACCCGGCCCCACCUCCAGGCGUUCCAAGCAAGAGAGAGGAGGAGGACGAUGAAGAUGAUGAGGAUGACUUCGUCGGGCGUGCUCAACAACUGCAGAAGCGUGACACUGGUGAGGAUGUCCCAGCUCCUCCCGUCCCCGCUCGCGCUGUUCCCCCACCUGCGCCUCCUCGCACGCUGCCACCUUCCUCCCCAGAGGCUGAUGACGAUGGAGACUCUAAUUCGGCGCCUCCCCCGCCUCCCCCUCCCCCGCGCACUCUCAAUCCAGCAAUCCCGGCGGCGGGUGUUGCCGCCCUCGCUGGCGCGGCCGUUGCUGCCGCCAUGGCGUCGAAGCAGGACUCGGUCACGCCUCCUCCUCCGAACCGCCCGAACCCAGGUGACUUGGUGGCUCAUCCAGAGACGGCCGUGUCUACCGCCGAAGCCGAGCUAACCUCGCUUGAGGCCCCGCGGUUACCGAGUACACGUCCAGGCGGUCCUCGCGGUCCUCGCCCGCUCUCCUCCACCUCGAUGAAGGACGAAGACGCAGCAGCCUCUCACACGUCGACAGUUGCGACUGAGGAUCCAGUGGUGCCUGCCCCUCCUUCCCGUGCUGUUCCUCCUCCAGCUCCCCGCGCAGUGCCUCCUCCCCAACAUUCCGAGGACGAGGAGGACGCACCACCCCCGCCUCCCCCUGCUCGCAAGCCAACGCUGCCUCCUCCGCCUCCCCCCGCCGGUGGCGACGAUGACGAUGAGCCUCCGCCACCACCUCCAGCGCGCAAGCCCAGCCUUCCACCCGCAAUGCACACCGAGGGCAUCGAGCGCAUCGCAUCGCACGGCUCGAUCACGGCAACCUCUCCAAUCUCGCCUGUGCGUGCUAUCCCACCCGCCCCACUCGCUGCUCAAGUGGAGGAAGAGGGCGAUGAGGAGACCCAGCGCCGAGCCAGUAUUGCUGCUCGCAUGGCCAAGCUGGGCGGCAUUAGAUUCGGUGCUCCGCCUCCCAUGCCAAUAAGGAAGCGCUCCACUCUCGACGAGGAGACCACGCACGCUUCUCCGUCUGCGGAGCUCCCGCCAACCAGCGACGCCAGCGUGCUGCGGCCCGAACCUGAGGAGACGGACCAGGAAGUGCCGGCUCCCCCACCCCGCGCACCACCUGCGCCGGCGCCCGCGGAUGAUGGAGAGGAGACGCCAGAGCAGGAGGCUGAACGUCGCCGCAAGACACUGGCGCGUCUCCGCGCUGGCGGCAUGCUCGGUGGCGGGCUGUUCCAGGCUGCCCGUGAGGAUCAGCCAGAGGAAUCCCCUCACACCGAGGUGCCGGACGAACGUGGCAUCGAGGAGGAUGCAGACGACGACGACGAGCCCGAGGAAGAGGACCUGCCGCCGCCGCCUCCACGUCGCCCGUCGCACACUGCCCGUUCUGUUCCUCCUGUCGCCGUUGCCGCAGCUCCUCCUGCCGCCGGCCCGCCUCCUGUGCCAGGUGUCCGCCCGCCUGUCCCCGUCCCGCGCUCCAGCCUCCCGCCUCAACCUGCCGAUGACGAGGACGAUGAGGAGGACGCACCCCCUCCGCCGCCUCACCCGGCCCGCUCGAUGUCCUCGGAGGCGGCUGGAGCCGUCCCUCCACCCCGCGCUGCGCCUCCUACUCCUCCGGUAGACGAUGAAAUCGAGGACGCGCCUGCCCCACCACCGCGUCCCCCGCAUCGUAUGUCGUCGUUCGGCGUACCGCAGCACGACGAUGGCGCUGUGGCGGCCCCCCAUCCGCCUGUGGCCCCGCAGGCAGCCCGGCGUACUUCUGUGCCUCCGGUCCCUCAUGCACCACAGGCUGCACCCGCCGCCCGCUCGUUCGCUGCUGUUCCUGACCCCAGUGGUGGUAAGCUUCCGCCGCCUACAGAACCGCAACGCGAGCCCUCGCCCGGCCACUCAGUUCACUCAGCGCACUCUGCACCGCGGUCGUCCUCCCAGGUCGCCCGGCCUGGCUUCAACGACCUACAGCACAUGAGCCAGACGAACGGCGCGGCACUCGCCCGGGCGGCGCGCGGCGUCUUCGACCAGGGCAGGAGAGGAUUCUACGGGGACGGCUCGCCGGCGGGCUUCCUCCGCGUCGUGUUCGACCAGGCGCAUCUCCCAGUCCCUUCGUCUGGACACUGGGGCAUGCCGGUGUACGAGCAGCAGGCGCAGACAAUCAUGAAGCGCCUCGACGACCCGCGGCCUGGUGACGUGGCGGCGCUGUACGAUGCGCGCUUCAAGGGCCAGAAGGGCCUCAAGGGGUACACGCAGCAUGUAGGGUCUGUCGAGGACGCCCUGGUGGGUGUUAUCGGCGAGUACGAGACCAAGGGCAAACACAAGAUUCGCGUGCUCCAUGUCGAGCGCGGCUCGCCAGACGAGGUGUCGUACCGCCUCGACGACCUGAAGAGCGGUCGUGUGGUCAUCUACCGUGUUGGUUUCUAA